AAAUAUUUUGAUUAAAAAAAUUUUUUUUGCCUCCAAAAAAUGUCAAAAUCUUUCAUUUUUGUCAGCAUUCUUUUUUCAAUCUUACUCGUUUCUAAUGAAUUUUUUGAAAUUUCUGCUAGCCCCUUAGAUUCAUGUGGGGGCAAAUGUGAUCAACUAAAACAACAUUGUUGUUUUAAAAGUAAAGCUGCAUUCAUAGAUGAUGCGACUAUUUGCUGUAAGACUGGCUGUGAUAAAGUUAAUGGAGGUUGUAGCAAGGUAGAGAAAAAAAAUUUUUUUAUUUUCUAAAUUUAUUUUUUAAGAAAUAAUAGUGAUGCUAAAGAAAGAAAAGAAUAAAAAAAAAAGAAAAUUAAAAAUUGUCCACAUAACUACAUAUACGGCCACUCAAUUUUUCAUAAUUUUUUAGCUUAAAUUGGAAUUUGGAAAUUUUAGCAUUUAAAUAUAAUAAACAAGGAGUAAAUAUGUUUACAGGAAUUUUUGUAGAUUUUUUGGAUUCAGGCUUUUUAUUGAUAUUCGGGCUUCAGGUGUCGUAAACAAUAUUUUAAUUUAUAUCUUUAAUAUUUUGACAAGCUAGAGUGGAAGACUAAAAAAUUUGAGUGGCUGUAUAGUUGUGUGGAGUACUUUAUAAUUAUAAUUAAAUAUUUUUUAUAAAUUAUAAUGGAAAAGGAAGAAUUGUCAGGAAUAAAUUUUAUA